CGGAGGGGCGGGCUGGGACUCUCGGCUCGCACGCCCUUCGGCUGCCGGGAGCCCGAGCUCCCUUCCGCUUCCGACGCGCUGUCCGCCAGCCGGUGGAUGUGCGGCAACAACAUGUCCGCCCCGAUGCCCGCCGUUGUGCCCGCCGCCCGGAAGGCCACCGCCGCGGUUAUUUUCCUUCACGGAUUGGGAGAUACUGGGCACGGAUGGGCAGAAGCCUUCGCAGGUAUCAAAAGUUCCCACAUCAAAUACAUCUGUCCACAUGCGCCUGUUAUGCCAGUCACACUAAACAUGAAUAUGAUGAUGCCUUCUUGGUUUGAUAUUAUUGGACUUUCACCAGAUUCCCAGGAGGAUGAAUCUGGAAUUAAGCAGGCGGCAGAAACUGUAAAAGCCUUGAUAGAUCAAGAAGUGAAGAAUGGCAUUCCUUCUAACAGAAUUAUUUUGGGAGGAUUUUCUCAGGGAGGCGCCUUAUCUUUAUACACUGCUCUCACCACACAGCAGAAACUGGCUGGUGUCACUGCACUCAGUUGCUGGCUUCCACUUCGGGCUUCGUUUUCACAGGGGCCUAUCAAUAGUGCUAAUCGAGAUAUUUCUGUUCUCCAGUGUCAUGGAGACAGUGACCCUUUAGUUCCCCUAAUGUUUGGUUCUCUUACUGUUGAAAGACUAAAAGCAUUGGUAAAUCCAGCCAAUGUAACCUUCAAAGUCUAUGAAGGCAUGAUGCACAGCUCAUGUCAGCAGGAAAUGAUGGAUGUCAAGUACUUCAUUGAUAAGCUCCUACCUGCAAUUGAUUGACGUCACUAAGAGGCCUUGAGUAGACGUUCACCAGCAUCACAGUAGUGGAGUAUAAACCUUUCCCCAUGACUGAUCAUAAAACUGCUAAUGUUUGCAGUGUUAAAAUGUUUUGCAAAUACAUACCAAUGAGACAGACUAAAUGAUGUCUCCCUCAUGGGAAAUGUAUGAUCCUUUUACGUUUCUAUGCAUAUAUUUGUAUAAUACAACUCAGAAUAUACUAGUAUUACAGUAGGUAAGUGAAGCAACUAGCUUCUUUGUCUCAAAUUAAUUCAGCAAAAUAAGAUAACACAAGCAGAGUUUUAUUACAUCAUUUCAAUUACUAGUAUGCUCUCUGAAACUUUGUUCAGGUCUAAACAAGCUGUUAAGAUGUAAGUGACUUCUUAAUUCUAUGAGUUAGACUAUAGUUUUACUCCACAAGUGUUGAGUCACCACGCAGUGUCUGUGUUUCUGUUUGUAUUCACACAUACGUGACUGGGAUACCUAAGAUGGUAUUACAUCAUCCCUGACCAUAGGGAUCGUGCUCUUAAGUGUCAAAAGUAAUACUGCUCUCUGCAAUUAAUUGCCCUGCUACUGGGGGACCAGGCUUCCCCCCUUCGAUGUAACUUUUCUCCUUUCAAGAAGAAAAAGGUAGAUUCUUUUUGGUUUCCAUAGAAAAGUAAUAUUGCCUCCCUGUCAUAAAGAAAAAUCUGUCAUUAUAUAUUAUUUUGACAUUCUGAAACACAGACAUACAGUAUUUCCAAUAUAGGUAAUAUGAAAAGAAACCACACAUUACUUAAGCGUACAUAUUUCAAAUAACAAUCUUCAGACCAGAAUCUUCAGUGCUGGUCAUUAAUUCUGUGGUUUUAUUUUUCUAUAAAAACUUAAAGGGUAAAUAAUAUCUUAGCGUGUUUAGAAAUACUUGUGACUGGUUUUAGAAUAUAAUUUCUUAAACAUAGCAGAGUUUAAGUUUACAUUUUCUGUACAUGUUAUGCUUAAAACCAAAUACUGUUCAAGAUGAGCAGUCAAACUUGUUUUAUUUUCACUGGGUAACAUACUAAUUUGAAAUUUUCAUCUUCAGUAAAGGAGCUUUUGAUAAUCAGUCUCCUGUGCAAAUAUUAAAAUAACAAUCAUUUGAUUUUAAAUCAUCAACAUGUUCAAAAUACUGCUGAAAAUUAUUUAAUUUAUGGAUAAUAAGGACUGGUUAGAACCCACAUAUAUAAACCCAUAUUUAUAACUGUUUCCACACAGUUGAAUAUGUUACAAAAAUUAUGGUUAUUUCUGAACGGUUUCUUUUCCUGCUGUUUUUCAACCGACCAAGAAGAAGGAAGCAUCUUUGUAAACAGGAGCUAACUGAUGUGGGGUCAUUUGGUGUGUCCAAGAUAGAGUGUUAACAAUGAAGCCGAUUGUUUAUGUCUAGAUUUAAAACAACUUCAAACAAUCAUUUACUAUUUUGCUUUACUUUGAAGAGCAUACAUUUACUUCAGUUAUUGUAUCUGUAAAAAUUUAUUUGGGGUAAGAAAUAUUCCGUUGAAUUUGUGUGCUGUAAUGUGGGAAAAUGUCAUGUUUUUCACAGUUUCUAUCAAUGUGAAAUAAAAUUUAAUUUUGGCUUUAUCAA